CGCAACAUGUAUGUAUUGUUUUACAUAUUCAGAUAAGUCUAUAAAUAUGUUAUAUUAUGGUCUGCUCUACGAUAGCCUUUGGUACAGUUAGGGGACAAUAUGGCGCUGCAAGGACUGAGUUACUGCACCCGAUUUGUAGUUCAUCAUGCUCAUGCUUCAAGGUUGGCAGUACUUUGUGCGGCAGUCCAGUCUGACUCUUUUAAGUGCAGAAUUGGAGCUAAGCGCUGUCUCCUUUCAGAGGAAGUGGUGAAGCUACACGAUUUUCAGCAGAGGAAGCUUGCUAUGGCCCUUCAAGUGUCUGGCUCAAAAAGUGAUUAUUUUGAUGCAUUAAAUAAGAAGAUGGAAAAGAAUGAGUUUAUCCUGAAGGCUGAACUGAAGCUGCUUCUGCAUCUUUGCCAGUCAGCCGAGGACAUGGUUACUGCCAGAAAAGCUAUCUACAGGUACCAUGAGGAGAAUUGUAAUGUGGCAUUUGGAGAGUUCAAGUUUGGACCAUUGUUUAUGAGGCUUUGCUAUGAGCUGGGUUUGGAGGAUAUGGCACUUUCUACACUGACUGAUCGGACAUUAAAAGGACUCUUUUCAGACUGUACAUCCUUUAAUAUUGGAAUAGAUAUUCUUUUCACCAAAGGAUGCUAUGAGGGUGCGCUGGAGGUGGUGAGGGAGAUGAAAACCCAAGGUGUCUGUUUCAACAAGGACACCUUCAUGCUGGCCUUUGCUACCUGCUACAAACUAAACACCCCUAAGUCAUUCCGUAUUUUUCUGGCACUCAUGGAGGAAGGCCAGAUCAAAGGCACCCUCAUCCCCAGACAUGCUUAUUGUUUUGGAGUUGCCCUUGCCCUCAAACAGAAUGAUCUUGAGCGGGCACAGGGUAUCUACUCCCAGAUCAUGAACACAGACAGCAGGCUUUGUCAAAAUUUGAGAGUGCUAAUAUUAGUUAUGGAAGGAUCAAUUAAAGAUGUCCUUUCGGCCUUUAAUGAGGCCCUCCUUCCCAAGACUCCCGUCUUUAUAAAGAAGCCAGAAUUCUCCCAGGAUGUGGUGGAUGCUUUGAUGGAGAUAAGUGCUGACGGGCCCUGGGAGGUACAAGUGGAGCAGGUGCUGAGGCAGCUGCAGCAGACAGGUCAGGUGACACCACAGAGCCUGGAUGACCUGCUGUGUCACACCCCUUCAGGGAAGAGGAGGCCUUCAAAUAUUCUGGACUGGGAGAGGGGGAGGAGGAAGAGUUUCAGCCGAAGGACACUCAAGCCUCUGCAGUCCACACUGCUGUCGGAGUGAAUGCGCAAACACACACUACGCUGUCAUGGCUACUGUUGAAAUUAUAGAACAUGCCAUAUGAGUUGAUGGGAUGAGAAACUCCAUGCCUGGGCAUAUAUCCUGGUUUAUUUAUUGGUAAAAGUCUACAUGCUGACCAGAGAAUGGCAUGUCCAGUUCACAGGGAGUUAAUGGAUUUAGUCCCAGACUUCAAAUACCUUCACUUCUCUAUCCUGUUAUAGCCAGCUAAUGAAGUUUUGUCAAAACAGUACUUGUGAGUAGCAAGUUAAAGUGAUCCUCAAAUUGGGGGCAUGGAAGAAUAUAGAUCCUGGUUUCUGUCUAAAAUUAGAAAUGUUUCCAUUUAUGGCCUUAUAGGCUGGCAUUGUUCUAAGUCAUUUUAAACAAGGGGGAUCUAUGUAUUUCUGCUGAGGUCAGCUAUAUAACUACACAUUUGAUCUAAUAGUUCUCUCUCUCUUUAACUAGGAAAAGAGCCAAGCAGAAUAAGCAAACUGUAAUUAUUACUGAUUAAAUAAAUGUGUAAAUAUGUGUAAAACCUAA